CGGGGACCUCGCUUCCACCCCCAGGCCAUCACCUAGCGGCCCCGAGCGCUCCAGCUCCCCACUGGGUGCCUCCCACGCCCACCCACCGCGUUUCCCUCCUGCUUCCACCCGCCCGGGCUCUGCCCCAGGCCAGGCGCCCCCUCCUCCAUCUCACCGUCCACGGCAUCCGGGGGUCCCUGCUCCAACCGAUGGAGCCCCUCCAACCUCCUAACUUUGCGCCUCUCCCCUUAGAGGGGACGAGGCUUAUCAGGUGCCCCUCCCCAAACUUCCCAUCCUUUGCUCCAGGUGUUCCUGCCCCCACCCCGAAGGCGUCCCCGUGAUCCUUCUCAGUCUUCCUCUGGUCGCUGCCCUUUGACCUAGCGCCCCACCCCCACCCAUCCCACCUGCUAACCUCUUGUGUUGGGGGGUGGUGUCUGUGCCCAUCCCGCCUCUGCUCUGCACCCGGACACGUCCUCGUCCCCUCAGCCGCGUCCCCAUGGUCCCAGAGCCGGGCCCUGCCAACAGCAGCACCCCGGUGUGGGGGUCGGGGCCGCCGGCGGCCACGGCGGGCAGCGGCUGGGCGGCGGCCGCGCUGUGCGUGGUCAUCGCGCUGACGGCGGCGGCCAAUUCGCUGCUGAUCGCGCUCAUCUGCACGCAGCCGGCGCUGCGCAACACGUCCAACUUCUUCCUGGUGUCGCUGUUCACGUCGGACCUGAUGGUGUCCUCGUGGCGUCGGGCCUCACCUUCUUCCUGCCCUCUGGUGCCAUCUGCUUCACCUACUGCAGGAUCCUGCUGGCUGCCCGCAGGCAGGCCCUGCAGGUGGCCUGCCUCACCACCGGCACCGCGGGCCAAGCCUUGGAGACACUGCAGGUACCCAGGACCCCACGCCCAGGGGUGGAGUCAGCUGACAGCAGGCGUCUGGCCACCAAGCACAGCAGGAAGGCGCUGAAGGCCAGCCUGACGCUGGGCAUCCUGCUGGGCAUGUUCUUUGUGACCUGGCUGCCCUUCUUCGUGGCCAACAUCGUCCAGGCUGUGUGCGACUGCAUCUCUGCCGGCCUCUUCGACAUCCUCACGUGGCUGGGUUACUGUAACAGCACCAUGAACCCCAUCAUCUACCCGCUCUUCAUGCAGGACUUCAAGCGGGCCCUGGGCAGGUUCCUGCCUUGCCCGCGCUGUCCGCGGGAGCAACAGGCCAGCCUCGCCUCCCCGUCCAUGCGCACCUCCCACAGCGGCGCGCGGCCGGGCCUGAGCCUGCAGCACGUGGUACCGCUGCCGCUGCCGCAAGACUCGGACUCAGACUCCGACUUGGGUUCCGGUGGCUCCGCGGGCCUGCGGCUCAGGGCACAGCUGCUGCUACCCGGAGAGGCCACCAGGGACGUGCCACCGCCUGCCAGGCCCACUGCUGUCAAUGUCUCCGAUAUUGAUCGCACGGAGCCAGAGCUGCGGCGGCAUCCACUUGGCACCCCCACGAACUGACUGUGGCUUGCUGCUGGCCGGCAGGGAGCUGGAGCCGGCGGGACCAAGCUUUGAGGCCUUGCACCAGCUCUUGGCUAAGGCCAGGAGGCUCCAGGUCUCCUGGGAGUGCUCUGAGCUCCAGGCCCUCUGCCAAGAGGGAGGAGAGCUGGCUUGGAUGGAGGUAUCUGCAGAGGGCUCGAUUGUUGUGGUUUGUGUUGAGGUUUGUGAGAAGGCUCUGGGGGUUGGGCAGAAGGACCUCUGGGCUCCAAAUAGGAUGACAUGCCCAUCCUUUGCCCAUUUGGAGGCUGCGUGGGAGGGGGGCACCUCCAUAUGUGGACAGGGGCCAGUGCUGGGCCUGUUCUUAUUCAGCCCGCGGGCCGCUGGCAUCACUGUCACCUCCAGGGAGUUUGUUAAAAACCCGCAGACAUGCUGGACCAGCAUGCACGUUCACAAGGCCCCCGGUGAGCCGUGCACACGUCCAGCCUGGGAUGUGCUGGCUGAGGCCCCUUAGCCCCAAGACGGACCUGCAGCAGUUUGGUGUGAGAUCUGCCAGCUCCCAGGAUGUGUGUGGCAGCCUGGGAGCCAGGCAGGCACAUGGCUGAGCCUCUGCAUUGCCACUUACCAGCUCCGGGGCCUGGCUCAGGUUCCGUCGCCGGAGUCUCAGUUAUCCCAUGUAUAAAACAGGGUGAUGCUGCCUACCUCGUCGGGUUGACCGGGGAUUAGGACCACGCAUGCUGAGUGCUCAGUGGUCAGGGAUAGGUUGUUCUCCACCCAGGGCUCCCUUGGACUUGGACGGGGAUCAAACCAACUGGCCCCCCUGCCUUCUGGCCUCCACUGGAGUCAAGUGUGGGACAAGGGGCGGGGGCUGCAAAGGAGCAGCCCCUGGUGUGGAGCAGGCCGCAGGCAGAGUGGAGUCUGGCACGGGCCUCGUUCCUUUCGGGCGAGACGGAGGCCCUCUUGCUCCCCAUGGUUUACCCGCAAUGUUUCUUUUCAGCACAAGCCUUUUCUGGAAGCUCCCCGACCAGAUCCUACCGACUCUGCCCUGGGGCUCCUCGGCCCUGGCCCGGCACUCUCCUUGGUGCUGAUCAGAUUCAACCCCGGCUCCGGCCGCUGGCUGCACUGGAGCCACGGUGCUCGCUGGGGUCCUCUGUGCCCCCCAGGCCUUCUCAAGGGCACUCUCAAUAAAUAGGAGCUGACGCAGUGAGCGCGGUGUGCACUGGAUUCGACCCAAGGCCACUCGGGGCUCGAGCAAGCAGCUGGUGGGGGAAGAGACCCUGGCACAGGCGUCCUGGUUCCGACUCUGCCCCUAAUCGGCUUUCGGGAGCCCCACAAAAGCACUUCCUUUCUCAGGGCCCC